AUGUGGCAGAAGUGCUGGAACACCAACCAGAGUCUGGUGCACAAUCUACGCUUCCGGGAACGUGGACCCCUUAAGUCUUGGCGACCAGAGACUAUGGCGGAGGCGAUCUUCAGCGUGCUGAAGGAAGGACUCUCCCUCAGCCAAGCGGCAAGGAAAUACGAUAUCCCCUACCCGACGUUUGUCCUGUACGCGAAUCGAGUACACAACAUGCUAGGUCCUAGCGCUGACGGCGGGGCCGAUUUGCGCCCGAAGGGACGAGGACGACCGCAGAGGAUUCUGCUGGGUGUCUGGCCAGACGAGCAUAUCCGCGGUGUGAUUCGCGCGGUGGUAUUCCGCGACGGGCACUCGCCACACAUCGUUAAGGAGGAGCCGACCACGAUGUACCCCAGCCUGGCGAACUACGCGGCUUGCAAUGGCCCGGAAGGCGCAGUCAGCCCGGGUGCGGCAGCUGCGGCUGCGGUCGCAGCGGUCGCUCAAGGGACUCUGUCCCACGAUUAUAUUAAGUGA